CCUCCUACUCGUCGUGUUAACAAAAUACGAGGCUGUCUCAGACGAAGAAUGCACACAUCGACUAACAGACCAUAAAAUACAUGGAUGUAUCAAACCGGAGUCCUGUUUUACCAAGUUGGGAAUCAUCACAAUUUACCUUUUCGAUUUUUAAUCUUUAGACGACGGAAUUGUAACAUUGGGUCGACCGUUUGGAUAAGAACAAUGAAACGGCAAGUACUGUGGCUAUUGUCUGUCGUCUGCUUUGGUUUUGUGAACGGGCAGGUCAGCUACUCCAUACCGGAGGAAAUGUCAAAAGGCUCGUUAGUCGGAAACAUAGGAGUUGAUCUGGGUUUGGAUAUCAAAAGGCUUAAGGCUGGUAAAGCUCGUAUCUAUACAGGGGACAGUGCUCAGUAUAUCGAACUGAACAGAGAACGAGGGGUCCUUCUUAUUAAAGACAAAAUAGACCGCGAAGCACUCUGCAGACAGACAACGCCUUGCGCUUUGCAUUUCCAAAUUACAUUAGAGAACCCGUUAGAAUUAUUCCCGGUUACUGUGGAAAUCACAGAUAUAAAUGACAAUGCACCAAUAUUUCAAAAGGAAGAGAGAACGUUUGAAAUAAGCGAGUCAGCUGUUGUUGGCUCUAAGUUUAUGUUGGAGAAGGCGAUUGAUCCUGAUAUCGGGCUGAAUGGUCUCCAGAGAUACACUCUCCGACCGAGCGAUCAUUUUAUACUCAAGUUGCAUAGUCAGUCAGAUGGAAACAAAAAAGUCGAAAUGAUUUUACAAAAGCCGUUGGACAGAGAGAAACAAGAACGUAUGUCUUUAGUUUUGACGGCUGAAGAUGGAGGAGAACCACAAAUGACCGGAACAAUGCAGAUUCAUGUUAACUUGUUAGACGCUAACGAUAAUGCUCCCGUCUUUAGUAAAACUGUUUAUAAGGCAAGCAUUACUGAGAACUCUGCAGCUGGUUCACUCAUUACCAAAGUCAGUGCAUCUGAUGUAGACAAAGGAUCAAACGGAGAGGUGAUCUAUGUAAUCGGGAACACUGCGGAUACUGUUUCAAAAUUAUUUCACAUUAACAACGAGGGUGAUGUAAUAUUAGAUGGUUCAAUAGAUUAUGAAAAAGAAAAGAAUUACCACAUCGAUAUAGAAGCGAUUGAUCAAGGCGGACUUUCGGACUCUAGUAAGCUAAUAAUUGAUGUAAUUGACGUAAAUGAUAAUAACCCUGUUAUAAAUAUGAUAUCAGCAUCAGGUUCGGUGCCAGAGGAUUCAUCCCAUAAAACGGUAAUAGCAUUAAUGAGUGUAAAUGACCCUGACUCUGAUAUUAAUGGGAAAGUUCACUGUUUUAUAAAUGAAAAUAUUCCCUUUGAAAUUAAAAUUACAUCAAAUAAUUUCUAUAGUAUCGUGACAGACAGUGACUUGGACAGAGAGAGAAAUUCUGAGUAUAAUAUAACUGUGACCUGCUCUGAUGAAGGAGUACCCUCCCUCUCCAGCAGCGUCACUCUCACUUUACAGAUCUCUGAUGUCAAUGAUAACCCUCCUGUCUUUGAGAGGAGCUCAUAUGAGGCCUACAUAGUAGAAAACAACACACCUGGUCUCUCUAUAUUCACAGUCAAAGCCACAGACUCUGACUGGAACCAGAAUGCCCGUGUUUCUUACAUACUGGAAGACUCCUCUGUUAACGGAGUGCCAGUCUCCUCAUAUGUGUCCGUUAGUGCUGAUAGUGGAGUCAUCCAUGCAGUGCGUUCUUUUGACUAUGAGCAGAUCAAAGAUUUCCAGUUCAGGGUCAAAGCUCAGGAUGGAGGCUCCCCUCCACUCAGUAGUAAUGUGACUGUGAAAAUAAUGAUCCAGGACCAGAACGACAACGUCCCUCAGGUUCUGUACCCAGUCCAGACUGGUGGCUCUCUGGUGGCUGAAAUGGUGCCUCGUUCAGCAGAUGUGGGCUAUCUGGUCACUAAAGUGGUGGCUGUCGAUGUGGACUCUGGACAGAAUGCCUGGCUCUCCUAUAAACUGCAGAAAGCCACAGACAGGGCGCUGUUUGAGGUGGGCUUACAGAAUGGAGAAGUAAGAACUAUCCGCCAAGUCACUGAUAAAGAUGCAGUCAAACAAAGACUGACUGUUAUAGUGGAGGACAACGGACAGCCCUCUCGUUCAGCUACAGUCAUUGUAAACGUGGCGGUGGCGGACAGCUUUCCUGAAGUGCUGUCUGAGUUCACUGACUUUACACACGACAAGGAGUACAAUGAUAACCUGACUUUUUACUUAGUGUUGGCUUUGGCUGUGGUUUCCUUCCUCUUCAUCACAUGUGUGGUGGUCAUUAUAUCAGUGAAAAUCUACAGAUGGAGACAGUCUCGCAUCCUGUAUCACUCCAAUCUGCCAGUGAUUCCAUAUUAUCCACCACGUUACUCCGACACUUUGGGGACAGGGACUCUCCCACACGUGUACAACUACGAGGUGUGCAGGACGACUGACUCCAGAAAGAGUGACUGUAAGUUUGGCAGAGCUGGUAGUCAGAACGUGCUGAUAAUGGACCCCAGUUCAACAGGGACGAUGCAGAGGAUACAGAGUGAAAAGAGCAUCCUGGAUGAACCAGACUCUCCUCUAGAGGUUAGCAUCACCAUGUGCACAUUUAUCACACUUCCUUUUCUUUGUAUGUCAUUUUAAAUAUCACCGACUUAA